ACUCUCUCCGCACCAACAACUAGGAUGAAGUUGUUACUGGCCUGCCGUGUGAAGGGCCCUAGACCUUAGAACAAAUCACAUCGUGAUUAGCUCCCUAUCAUCACAGCGUUUCACCGUCUCCUGCAUAUACCUAGAUAGUCUGCCCGUUGCGAUCCGGGGCUAUACUACACCAUCCCAUAUAUGCUAAUGCCCAUACAUAUACAUCCCGCACUCGCCCGUGGUGUAGUUUAGUCCAUUUUCUCCCCCCCUUUGCGACGUCGAACCUGUCCCUCGACUACCUAUAGCGAGCUUAUUUCCUUUCGUUUUCGCAUGAUAUCAUAUACCCCCCUGAUUUAGACAGAGAAAAGAAGAAUUAGUGAAGCCGGCGACGGCGUUGGUAUCUAAAAUCGGAUUUGUUCGCAUAUUUACCUCCCGUUUCUAAAUUAUCCAAAAUGAAUACACAUUCGCUUAGGAUGAGCGAGCGGUCGCGAAGAGAAAUGCGCCAAAAGAGUCACUUUCACGACCCUUUCUUCGGUCUAAAAGGGCUCGACCCUCGACCGACCUCGAUUGCGACUGAGAUUGUAGAUACCGAGUGGGAUGAGGAUGAAGAUAUCGUCAGCGAAAUCGAAGAUGACGACCCAGAUUCGCCACGAAUAAGCUUGAAUUCGUCGGGACAACCAAGUGUAACCACCCUCUCUUCAUAUGAAGAGGCACAAACACCCAGGUCGAGCAGGGCUCGCGAGGUGUACGGAUUCGACUUCGACUCCUCGAAGCCGGUCGAGGGACCCAGAGGCCCGCACCUAUUCCGAGCCUCGACGACGUCGUCAUUCAACUCCUUCGAAUACCAAUCCGCCCUAACCCUCUCUCCGAUAACGCCGAAGACGGCCAGGCCGUUCGAGGCGGAUCAUCGGUUUCCGCUAACAUACGAGCCGCCGCCUCCUAAGUCGCGCAACAGCCCGUUCCAAUUCACGCACGAGAAGCUGGUCCCGGGCGACCUGUCGCUGUGGUCGCCCGAGAAGGUGGCGCAGUGGAUGCUCAAUGCCGGCAUUGAGAUCCCGGUCGCCGAGAAGUUCGUCGAGAACGACAUCAACGGGGCUAUCCUGAUUACGCUCAAAUUCGAGGACUUGAAGGAGCUCAGCAUCCAGUCCUUCGGCGUCCGGACCAAGGUGUGGGAGGAGAUCCACGUGCUGCGAGACAGUAAGGCGGCGGCAGAGGCGGCGGCAGCGUCUCCCCGGCCCGAAACCCCGAUAGAAGAUGAAGAAGCCAAGGAGGUAAAGAGGGAACGGAGGAGAGAAAGAAAAGAGGAAAGCAAUGGCGCUCCUCGUAGUGAGAGCGUCAAGCGAUCGAGAAGUGUGAAGGGAGGCCAAGGCAAGAAGAAGCCCGCGCACGAAGACAUCAUUUCACCGCUAGAGUCCGUAUCCAUCGUCGGAAUCGAGCAGAUGAUGCCCAAACCGCACCACUGCUCCAAAGGCGAGAACUGCUCGAAGUACCGAAGACAACAGCGCAUGAUCGAAGCCUUCAAGCGAGACCACCCGUUCGUGGACGUGGAGCAAGGCGGCAUCAUCAUGGUGGCGGGGGACCCAGGGAACCCAGAGACAGCACCGGCCAUCAACCGGCCCUCGUCGACGGAGGCGCUACGGCCCAUGUCUGACGCCGUGCCGUCCGUGAUCGCGUCCUCGGACGUUCUCGGCCCCGGCAUGCCCCCCUUCCAGUACCUGCAGGAAGCCGCCCUGCGCAAUCUGCAGACGCGCGACCCCCAGGAACACGUCAGGCAGUUCCUCAACUUCCAGCACCAGCACGGCGACGAGUCCAGCUCCUCCGCCGAAGUCCCGCCCACGCCUCCCUUCGAGGUUCCCGCCAUCGGCACCGCCAGCACGACGCCGACGCCGACGCCGCGACCUCACGAGGGCCUGCGUGCUUUGCCUAAGCUCGCCAUUCCGGGACAGCAACAGUCGCAGGUGCAGCAGCAUCUGCAAUCUCAACGGCACUCCCAACAACAACAACUGCGCUCCGCGAACCAGACGCCGCAGCCCUCGCACUACCCGCAGCGGAUGGACAGAGCCGAGGCGCUAUCGCCAGACCUACACAACGCGCCCUACCGCUUCGGCACGCCCUUCUCGGACAUGGACGUGCCGCUGACCGCCGUGCCCCUCGGCCCCGUCGCGCGCGACGCCUCGCAGUCCGUGCCGCCGGACAUGAACUACCGCACCGCGCCGCUGAUCUCGCGCUCGCAAUCGCGCGCCUCGCGGCGCCCCUCCUUCCAGGUCAUGGCCCCCGUCGAAGAAGACGCGGCCGCGACGCCCGUCGCCCGCGUCUACGGGCACCGGUACACGCACUCCGUCUCCCCCAAGACCUCCUCUCCGCCUAAACCCUUGUCGUCGUCGCGGCAUCAACAACCGCUCCAAGCCCCCCCUAGACCACAAUACCCAUGGUCCCCGCCCUCUUCGCGGACAGCUUUCGAGCGCGCCGCCGCUCCAACACAACCCGCGCUCCCACCCUCCGCCGUCAAGGACGCCGAGGGCGUAACAUACGCCGGCCCCGUCAAGAAGCGCAAGACGCGCAUGCUACGCCACGAAUGGCACGACCACUACGCGACGCUCAAGGGGACACGCCUAGCGCUGCACAAAGACGCGGCGACGCGGUCGCGCGCGCUCGAGUACAUCGACAUCGACGACUACGCGAUCGCGUGCUCGUCGCUGUCCACGGGGUCCAAGCUGAACGCCGCCUUCAAGGCCAUGAGCAUAUCGCGGUCCUCGAAGAACAGCGGCGGUUCGUCGGCCGCGGACCCGGAUUCCGUCGCCGCGUUUAGUUUUCAGCUUAUCCCCCAGCAGAGCGAGGGGGGUCGCGCUCCGGGGGCGUUAGGAGGACGCUUGCGCAAGCGUGAGAGUCAGAGUGUGGGGUCUGGGCCGUUGCUUCCGAGUCCGCCUGGCAUCGAGGGCGCUGCGAAUGGCACGGGCAAGACGCAUCAUUUUGCUGUGCGCAGCCGCGACGAGCGGAUUGAUUGGAUGCGCGAGCUUAUGCUGGCUAAGGCGCUGAAGCAGAAGGGCGAGGGGUUUGAGGUUAGUGUUAAUGGAAACAUGAUCUAGGGUCGUUCUAGAUCGAUAUACGUAGUAUAACCUACCUAUCUUUUGAUUUCUUUUCUUUUCUCGAUGCCUGCCUGGCUAGGUAUGGUUUAUAUAUGGAGGUGACGCACCUACACGAAGUUAAUGUCCUGUGGUUGGUUGGUUAUCGCUGCUUGCCUUCUCCGUCGCCGGCUCUUAGCAAGCCUUGGUUCGACGCGGGAUAGGAGAUGUUUGGUUUUGGAUGUUGACGACAAUGACGGGAGAUGCUAAUGACGGCUUACGGCGACUGUAAUGGACGUGGCAAGAUUCGAUAUCCCAAAGCACUGGACGCUUCCGCUUCAAGCAAGCAACCCACGUUUUCUUUUUCUCUCUUCUCUUUUUAUACCUACUACUCUUCUGGCAAUUCGUCUUCUUAGGUUGCCGCUUACACAAAACAAGCGAAGGCAACUUCAUUAAGGGGGCGUAUUAACGAAAUGGACUUUUUGGAAUGAAUACCUUUUUUCUUACUCUUUUUUGGUUAAACGAAUGAUGGGCGCAUGAGAUACCAGCACGCUCCUUAUAAGGUUGUUAUAUCAUAUCAUGUAUGUCAGGGCGACCUGCAAAAAUUUAGGUAGCUUUGAAAAUUUGGAAAAAGGAAGAUUGAUAUAAAAAAUAAAACACCUACUUCACUUCAA